AUGUCUGAGCAAUACACUGUCAUGUGGUUCGGAGGCUCUAAAUAUCAAGUGGAUGAUGGAAAAUGGAUCAAUAUGCAUCUAGGAAGACCAAAGAAAUUAAGGAGAAAUGAGGCUGAGGAGAAAACGGACAAAGGGGGGAAGAAAUGGCUUGAAAAACAGGGCCUUGCUAUGAGGUAUAGCUACUGUGAAGAAGAAGGUCACAACAGCAAGACUCAUAACAAGAAUAUACCUCCAAAGCAAAAGAAGAAAACACGAGAAGCAUUUGGCUCCGAGAGGAAGACAAAAAGCAAAGCUGCAAGGGUUAAGAAAAAAGUUGGAGAAGCUCUAAAUGAAUCAAACCCCUCAAUUGAAUCAAUUACAGUGAGGACAAGAAGCUCCAAAUCAAAGAAUUUAAUGGAUGCACCAAUUGCAGUGAGGACAAGAGGCUUGAAAUCAACCUAUAACUAUGGAAAGAAAAAGGAAAUAAUUGUGCAAGGACAAGUGAAACGAAGCCACACCUUUGCUCUUUUUUUGCUUAUGUUGAACUGUGCUUGA